AUGUACGCCUUCACCUUCCGCGCUCCUGAACCCGCUGUGUUCCCUGGCUCUACCGCUAGCUGGAGAACUAACCAGCCUAUGGAACUUGAGACCAUUUCAGGCCCAAUUGUACCAGUUGUGACUGGUACAAUUGGCCUUCUGAGCUCGAGUUCCAUGGUGGUUCAAGCUCCGGCCACGGAAUUGCCUUGGAGCCACCGUGCGGCUGAAAGGGCUGCGAAGAAGUCUAAAAAGAUCGUGGAGACGUUGAAGUUGGUAGAGGAGAGGAUCGAGGAGAAGCAGAAGAAGGAAGAGAAAGAAGCCAAGAAAGCGGCGAAGGAAAAGAAAGGUAAGAAGUCGAAGAGCAAGAAGCUGGAGAACGCCUUCAGCCGGCUGGCAAUCUCGGAGAGCCUGGCGAGUCAACUGAGCCAGUCUGAACUGGACUGUCUUCGGAUGCCUCCUCCAGUUCGAAGAGCCAUUCGUCGAGCACCCAAGAAGGCAACACUGAAGGAAUUCAAGCAGAUGGGGAAGGAGGUAAGGAAAGAGUUCAAGAUGCUGGUCAAGGGAUUCAGCACGGCGGACAAGGCGUUCAAACGGAAGAAUCUGGUAGAACACUACCAUAUAUGCCUUCAGAGGGUCGACUGGAUAAGGAUGAAGAUGGGGAAGAAAGCUCCGAAGAAGUUGGUAAGCUUGGAACUGUGGUAG